GAUGACGUCAUCGUCAGUGUGUACACUUAGUUGUUUAGAAUAGUGUCAUGAUUAUGGGUGUGUUGGCUGUCAAAAUCUGAUUAAGUAUUCUAAAUUUGAAGUAUUUUAAGAUUUAACUAAAUAGUGCUGUGAAGAUAAUUAUGAAGUUGGAUGUUUUUUACACGUGAGGAGAAAUGUUUCGCUGUAUUCCCAUUUUCAAGGGAUGUAAUCGGCAAGUCGAAUUUGUUGACAAGCGUCACUGUUCACUUCAGGCUGUUCCCGAGGACAUUCUAAGAUAUUCUCGAAGUUUAGAAGAACUCCUGUUGGAUGCAAAUCACAUAAGAGAACUACCGAAGAACUUUUUCCGACUUCACCGUUUAAGAAAACUCGGUCUCAGUGACAAUGAAAUCCAGAGACUUCCUCCUGACAUCCAAAAUUUUGAGAGCUUGGUCGAGCUUGACGUCUCACGUAAUGAUAUUCCCGACAUUCCUGAGAAUAUUAAAAACCUACGAGCUCUGCAGGUUGCGGAUUUCAGCAGCAACCCUAUCCCGAGGUUACCACCAGGAUUUGUGCAGCUACGCAAUCUUACAGUUCUAGUACUUAAUGAUAUGUCUUUGACGAAUUUGCCACCAGACUUUGGCAGUUUAACAAGUUUGCAGUCAUUAGAACUGAGAGAAAACCUCCUGAAAUCACUCCCGGAGUCGCUGGCACAGCUGACCAAACUAGAGCGCCUCGAUCUCGGUGACAAUGAGAUUGAUGAACUGCCACAUCACAUCGGCAAGUUGCCAGCACUGCAGGAGCUGUGGCUGGACCACAACCAGCUGCAACACCUGCCUCCGGACGUCGGGGAAUUGAAGAAACUGACGUGUCUGGACGUGUCAGAAAACAGACUCGAAGAUUUGCCCAGUGAAAUCGGAGGCCUAAUCAAUUUGACAGACCUACACCUAUCCCAGAACAUGAUAGAGACACUGCCGGACGGUCUGGGCGACCUGCAGAAGCUGACCAUACUGAAGGUCGAUCAGAACAGGCUGGCCAGUCUCAAUUCCAACAUUGGAAAAUGUGAAUGUCUACAAGAACUAAUAUUAACAGAAAAUUUUCUAGUAGAAUUACCUGUUACAAUUGGCAAUUUAGUUAGUUUAACGAAUCUUAACGUCGAUCGAAAUAGUUUACACAAUCUUCCAGUUGAAAUCGGAAAUCUGUCACAGUUAGGUGUGUUAUCGUUGAGAGACAAUAAACUAUCGUACUUACCUGCAGAAGUUGGGAACUGUAGAGAACUUCAUGUCCUCGAUGUGUCUGGGAAUAGGCUGCAGUUUCUGCCGAUGACUCUGGCACAACUGAACCUGAAAGCAGUCUGGUUGUCAGAGAACCAAGCCCAGCCGAUGCUCAAGUUCCAGACUGACAUAGACGAGGCUACCGGAGAGGAGGUCCUGACUUGCUUUCUGUUGCCUCAGUUGGAGUACCAGGCUGAUGUUAUUGUGUGACUUUAGGCUGCAGUUUCUGCCGAUGACUCUGGCACAACUGAACCUGAAAGCAGUCUGGUUGUCAGAGAACCAAGCCCAGCCGAUGCUCAAGUUCCAGACUGAC